AGAGCUCAGGAACUAGUACGUUCUGUUUUGGACGUUUUUUAGUCAAACUUUGUUUUCAUUUCCGAAAGAAGCUCAGAAAAACGUAUUUUCCGAGCAGAUUUGGAGUAGUUUUUUCAUGGCAGAGAUUAAGGUAACCCCCCUGGGUGCUGGACAGGAUGUUGGCCGCAGCUGUAUCUUGGUCACCGUUGGUGGAAAGAACGUCAUGCUGGAUUGUGGAAUGCAUAUGGGAUUCAAUGAUGAUAGACGAUUCCCUGAUUUUUCCUACAUCACAAGAACAGGACGUCUCACAGAACACCUUGACUGUGUUAUUAUAAGUCACUUCCAUCUUGACCAUUGCGGGGCUCUCCCUUACAUGAGUGAAAUGGUUGGGUUUGAUGGACCCAUCUACAUGACUCAACCCACCAAAGCCAUCUGCCCUAUCCUACUGGAGGACUACCGCAAAAUCACAGUGGACAGGAAAGGAGAAACAAACUUCUUCACAUCAGCUAUGAUUAAAGAUUGCAUGAAGAAAUGUGUGGUGGUCAACCUUCACCAAACAGUUCAGGUUGAUGAUGAAUUAGAGAUCUCUGCAUACUACGCCGGUCACGUCCUGGGAGCGGCCAUGUUUCGUAUUAAAGUUGGCUCACAAUCGCUCGUCUACACAGGAGAUUACAACAUGACACCUGAUCGACAUCUUGGAGCUGCGUGGAUAGACAAGUGUCGACCGGACGUCCUAAUCACAGAAUCUACAUACGCCACAACGAUCCGAGACUCAAAAAGGUGUCGAGAGCGAGAUUUCCUUCAGAAGAUCCACGACUGCAUCCAGAAAGGUGGCAAGGUCUUGAUCCCAGUCUUUGCCCUCGGCAGGGCACAGGAGCUCUGCAUACUCGUUGAGACAUUCUGGGAUCGCAUGAACCUUACAGUACCAGUUUACUUCUCACUCGGACUCACAGAAAAGGCCAACCAUUAUUACAAGCUCUUCAUUAUGUGGACCAAUCAGAAAAUACGCAAGACCUUCGUGAAGAGGAACAUGUUCGACUUCAAACACAUCAAGGCAUUUGACCGGGCCUAUAUCAACAACCCAGGCCCCAUGGUUGUCUUCGCAACACCGGGUAUGCUCCACGCCGGCCUAUCCUUACAGAUCUUCCGCAACUGGGCACCGAAUCCUCUCAACAUGGUCAUCAUGCCAGGAUACUGCGUCGCUGGAACCGUCGGUAGCAAGGUGCUGAGCGGAGCGAAGAAGAUUGAGCUGGAAAACAGACAAGUGAUUGAUGUCAAGCUAUCCGUACAGUACAUGUCUUUCAGCGCCCACGCCGAUGCUAAGGGCAUCAUGCAGCUGAUCCGGAUGUGCGAACCCAAGAAUGUACUCUUGGUUCAUGGAGAAGCCAAGAAAAUGGAGUUUCUCAAACAGAAGAUCACUGGAGAAUUCGGUGUCCAGUGUUAUAUGCCAGCCAAUGGGGAGAUUGUUACCGUAGAAACAAAAGCAAACCUACCAGCUGAUGUUUCUCUCAGCUUACUGAAGCGUAGCAUAGCUGUAACAGGAGAUGCUCUUAAAGAUGUCAAGAAACCCAAGAUCCUCCAUGGAGCUGUUACCAUCACAGGAGAUAAAGUCUUUUUGGAGGAUCCGUCCAGAACGAUGCAGCAGCUCGGCAUGUCUGAGCAUGAAAUCAGAUUCACCUCAACAGUGACCAUCCCCCAAAUGGGAAUGGAGGUGGUCCAGAAGAAACUCAAGAGGAGAUUUCCUCAACAGAGUGUUCAGCUAACGUCAGAUGGCUCCAUCCUGGUGGGUUCUGCGCUCGUCAAGGUAUCUAGUGAGGGAGAAGAUGCAUUGGAUCUCCUGGUCUCAUGGCCAUAUCAGGAUGAAGACCUAGGCAGCUCAUUGUUCACCAUCUUACAGCAUGGGUUUGCAUCACAUGUCGAUACGUAACGCCUACAAAUUGAAGAGUUUUUUUAUAUUUAAACCAUCAUUGGAAAGAUCCAAUCUUUCUGUUUCCGUUGUUAACUUGGAUAUCACCAUUUGCCACUCCGAAGGUGUUAGGUAAUUCAGAUCUUUCAACUCCAUUUUGCAGAGACUGCAUAAAGGCAACCUUUUUUAUUUCCAUCAUUGGAACGAGCCAGUGUUUCUGUUUCAAACUAUUGAGGGUAAACAUGGACAAAACUACAGUAUUAUAAGAAAUGACCUUUCGGGGCUUGGUCGACUUAAAGACAGUGGACACUAUUGGUAAAUGUCAACGACUAUCCUUCACUUGUGUACAUGUAUCUCAACAUAUG